GAACGAGCUGCAAGCGAGAACAGAAACGUUGCGUGCUGCUAGCUCCGUCUGUGUUGAUCGUGCCAAAAGUGUGUGUCGUCCUUCCGCUCGAAAUAGCGUCUUCCUCUACCAUUACAGACUUUGUCAAGAGACGAACACCUGCCAAAAACGUCUACUAGCUAGCUAGCUACAGUCUAUAAUACAGCACGCAUAGUACCAGCACAGUUCCAGUUCCCAUCCAACAAGACACUGAGUUCUGCUAGCUAGCUGCAACUGCAAGAUCACUCGAUCGGCACUUCAUAGCCAUCGUCGACUGGAUCGUCGAUCCUGCAGCUAGCGCGGCGGCACUAGCUAGCUACAUGCACCGAGCAAGCAUGCCGAGCGUGCACCGUUCGAGGCUGCUGGCGGCGGGCCACGCGGCGCCGGCGCCCGACGAAGCCGACGUCCGCCUCUGCUCCGUGCUGCUGGCGUCGUUCCUGUCGCUGAUGCUCCUCUGCGGUGUCCUCUCCCUGCUCUCCCGCGCCAGCGGCGACGGCGGCGCCUUCCCCACCAAGGUCUACGUCAUCGUCGGCCCGACGGCGAUCAUGCUCGUGCUCGUCUUCCUCUGCUGGCUCGUCUCGUACGGGAUCCGGGCUCUGGCCACGCCGCCGCAGGCUCCGGCGCCCGCGCGCCUGGCGCGACGCCUCUGCGCGUGCGGGCUCUCCGACGCCGCGAGCGUCGCCGCGCUGCCGGCGUUCCCGUUUCAGCCGGCGCCGGCCCCGGCCCCGGCGAGCGAGGGCGAGGGCGAGGGCGAGGGGGAGCGGCAGGCGCCACCGCGCGGGAGCGGCGUGCUGUGCGCGGUGUGCCUCGAGGACGUGCGGGCCGGCGAGAUGGUGCGGCAGCUCCCCGCGUGCCGGCACGUCUUCCACGUCGACUGCGUCGACGUGUGGCUGCGCUCGCACCGGACCUGCCCGCUCUGCCGCUGCGAGCUCCCGCGGCGGAAGGCAACCGCUCAGGCUCAGCAGACCGUGACCACCGUCACGCCGGAAGCGCUGCCGUUGCCGCCUGUUUGAGAGUGUCACUAACUUCCGCUCCGGCGCCACUUGCUUGGCCUGUCAAGUUGUAGUACAACAAUUCUUCAAUUCCUGAAUUUCUUUGGGGGUGCGACCGGAUUUGAUUGGUUUGAACAUUCUAUAUGGCAGUUUAUUUGGAUCACUAGAAGGUGCCACGGCUAUGUGGCAGAAAUCAGAAUCGAACUGUUUCUAGUCUAGUCCCGCUUGACAUUUUUUUUUCCAUUUCUAUAAAAGCUUCGUUUGGGUGGACAAACUAAAGGAUUUUCAAAAAACUUCAAGCAUAUAAUAUUCCAAUUUCCGGACUUCCCAAGGAACCGAGGACAAGUGAAUCGUGCGUUUGUGUUUCGUGUUUAAUUUCUGGAACCACAUGCAACUUCUCUGACGAGCCUGUUUGGUUUCACUCAUUUGCAGCUGCUGUAGACGAGCUCAUAGCUCGGUUGGUAU